GCAAUGGAUGUUGGAUUCACAUCAGUUAACAGAGACACGUUAGGGAUAGGACUUGUAAAUUCCAUGACUGACGCAUUAUGGUAAAUAGAUGGCAAUCACGACACAUUAGCAGACAGGGCAUGCCCUGUUCCUGCACCUCUUGAACAUUUUAAAAAUUACUACUGUCCAGAAAAACGAAAAAGAAAAAAGGUUGAUUGUUCUGUGUUGAAUGAAAAUAUACUGAGAAAUCAUGCGACAGCAAUGAUGGUGCUCUGUGAAAAGAGUUUUUUUCAGAGAGAGCAGUGGUCAGCUGUCAAACAGGUAUGUCACACCAUUCCAUAUUUGUUAAAUUUUUUAAGCUUUAAAUUGACUGGCAUUGUAAAUUUGUAUUACAGUGGCUUUAAACUUUUUAUAGACAUGAAAUAUACACAUGUAUAUUACAUUGAUUAUAUUUAUUGAAUGACAGUAAAACAUUCUUUGUGCAAAUUGAAAAUGUGUUUCCUGGUAUUUUUUAGGUUAUAUGUAGUUUGGCAGAAUCAUUGUCAAAGUAUGCCAACUACUUAUCAUCCAAAAAGUCACAAGACUCAAAGAAACCUAAGCAAGCCACUGAUAGAGAACAUUUUGAAGUGUUAAGACAAUCACAUCACAUUCAACCAGGUCCUGCUAGCAGAUACAAGAUGAUCCACAAUGCUGUUAUAGCAAGCAAGCCUUAUGAAAGCAUCCUUGUCAAUGACUAUUCACCAGGUGAUGCAAGGAGGCGCCAUGAAUUCAUGAAGCAAAUUGUGGUUCCUGUCAAAUGUAUUAAGUUCACUUAUAGUGGAAGCAAGGAGCACUUAGUUUUUAUUUGGAAAGUUGACAGUUCUGAUUCAGAGAGUCAGAUUCUUUCCAGAAAUAUGGAAAUUUCUUCAAGGUUACGAAAAAACUUACCCGUUUACCAUACACGAGCAAUGAAAAGAGAGUUUCUAAGCAUGUUUGGAAAACAGAUACAUGGGAAAACAGGGUUUCUUCGGGAAGCAUACAGACGUUUAACUGGUGAUAACUCUGCGAGUAUUAACUACACUACAAGUGAAAUGGACAAAAGAAUUUCUAAUAUUUUAGAAAUGGAGGAUUCUGAUCUGAUAUGUGAUCUGAGAGUCAACAGCACUGGUCAGCCAGAAAAAUAUGAAAAGUUUCUUGAAGAAUGUCAGAAUUACAUUGGUUCAAAACUGGAAACAGCUGUAGAUGAUAGAAGACAUGAUGCAGUGACAAAGGAUUUUGAUGUUGUAACACAUUUAGCAAAUGCAUUCUCAGUAAGAGAUUUUUAUGAACAGGUUGUUAGCAGGUGUCCGGAAAAUACACCUAUACCAUCUAAAGAAUGGCUACGUCUGCAGUUCUGGCCUAGAAAUUGUCAUUUUAAAAGUUCUGCAAGAUAUACUGGUAAACUUAAAGUGAAAUUUAUUAUCCAAAGUCGUCAGUUUCGAAAGUCACAUGAGGACAUGCAUUAUGCAUCUGCCUUAUUUAGAUAUGAAAAGGAAUUCUGUUUACGUUUUAGAGAGCACUGUAAUUUACUUUGUGUAGAUGAUAAACAUAAAGUUAAAGUUGGAGAGCCAGGAUAUCCAGUAGCAGCAGCUGAAAGAGGAAAAUCUGUUAUUGUAGCUAUGGGAAAACGAUUUGAAGUAAGUGAUCAUGACUUUACAAAAUUUUCUAUCACUCCAAGUGUGGCACUUUCUGUGAAAAUUCCUGAUUCUAUCGAGGAAACAUUUUAUGAUGGAAAAGUUUCAGUUUUCCUGAAAGAAUCUGUGUUUGAACCUUCGUCUCCUUGGAGGCAUGCUGCUGAAAUGCUUCAAGUAAUUGAUCAUGCAAAGCCAAUAGUGACCAUUUACAGCCAUGGUGGCCCUGAUCAUCGUGUUACAUAUGGUAGUGUUCAGCUUUCUCUCAUAAAUGUGUUUUUACAAGGUGACUUUGAUAUGGUUGUUGCAGUAAGAACACCUCCCUGUAAUAGCUGGAAAAACCCUGCGGAGCGUAUAAUGUCAGUUCUAAAUCUGGGGUUCCAGUCUGUAGGUUUAAUGUGGGCCAAUCUAGACCAGAAAUAUGAAAAGUUACUCACCUCUCUAUCAUCCAUGAAUCAAAUAAGGGACAAGGCUGAGAGUGAUAGCGGCAAGGGACUGGCUACUUAUGUGAAAGACUCUAUAGAACCAGUUAAGUCUCUGCUUUCUGGUGUAACAAUGCGCUUAAAAUGGAAAGACAAUAACCUUGAAUGCAAACAAUCUGCAACUGAUCAACAAAUACGGGAUCUUGCAUGGAACAUGACUGGUAUUGAUGACAUUGAUCCACUACACACCACGCAAACUGACCUUAAGAGCAAAUCUAAACUGCAGGACUUCCUAACCAAACACUGUAGAUUGCGCCAUUACAUGUUUUCUGUCAAAAAGUGUGGUUUAGCACCCUGCUUAAUUUGCAAAGCUCCUAGACUUCCUGAAGAAGUCUUUAAUGAUUUGUGUCACCUUCCUGAUCCUACACCAAGUGAUGGGGAGAAGUAUAAAUCCUUCAAUGAUGUUUACAAAACAAAUACAUCUGAAGACUUCAGACCUUCAUUAAAAGUAUCUCUGAAUGGACAGUCAGGAAUAUCUGCUCAUGGAAUGACCUUUUCUCCAUCUUCACAAUAUGCCAAAAAUGUGGAAAUGGUUAUAUUAUGUAGUCAGUGUGAAAAACCAAGAGUACUCUAUUGUAAAACUGUUGUCAGAGGUACUUCAAGAGCACAGUUACAGAGAUCUUUGAAUGAUUUGGAAUAUUCAUGUGGGUCAAGUUUUAUUGAUGUUGAAUGUGAGGACUCUCAUAUCUUGAAAAAAGAUUUGUCAGAAAAAAUUUGA